GAAGCAUGCAAUACGGUGACUACAAAGGACUGUUUGCAGUGGGUAAAGCAUGCUGAAUCUUAUUGGGAGAGAUGCAUUCAGAAAGAAAAGGGCUUAAAAUAACUAAUGUCAUGUUCUUGUCCUUUUCAAAUAUAAAAUGUCCUUCUAAAACUCACCCUUUAUUUUCUAAAUAAAAAUUACACUUCUGUCAAAACUUCUACUUGACACUUUUCCAUGUCCAUUUCCAUGUCCAUUUUUCAAUCUCAGGUUUACGUGUCCAUUUCCGUGUCCAUUUCCAUGUCUAUUUUUUCAACCGCUAGUUCUCGUUACCUUUUCCUACGUACUAGAUACGAUAACCAUAACAAGGGAACAAGCUAUAUGCAUGCUAUACUGUGUAGCUUUCAACGAUGAAAAUGUCAAGAAAUUUGUACCAACUAUUGAUGCACUGAAGAGUUUGGAGAUCUGCUACAAGGAGGAUCCCAUGGAGCCAAUGCUAAUUUCUUUAAAAAGUCUUGAAGCUGACACUGUCAAAUAUCGGAAAUAUCCUACAGUCCAAAGUUUAGAAGAAAAGUAACAAGGUUUAACUUUUCUAGCCGAAGUCUUAACACUUUUGACAUUUAAGUCUUUCACUAGACUGAUUUUUAUUUUUUGGGAAAUAAAUAAAAUUAUUU